ACGCUGAGCUGCGUCUCUGACAACACGGCGAAGUAAAACCUCAGGCAGCUGGGCUGGAUGUGAAAGGGCUCUUCCUCGCUCCUCAGCGGACAAAGCAGCCUUCGGGGCCAGCCGUAGGUGGCGGUAAAGCACUCACACCAGAUUGGAAAAGCACCGAAGAAGAGAGUUCACCCAAAGUAAGAAGCAUGGCGGCUGAUAUGAGAUUACCAACUAUCCGAAAACCCGUGUCGGUAUCUACAUUUGAACGGAAAGACCUCGUCGUUCCUGGCGAUGUUAUCACUUCAGACACCGGUUAUAUGAGGGGUCAUGGCACCUACGUUGAUGAAGAAAAGCUGACGGCAUCAGUGGCAGGAGAAGUGCAGCGAGUAGACAAACUCAUCUGUGUCAGACCACUUAAGACCAGGUUCAAUGGUGAGGUUGGAGACGUUGUGGUUGGGAGGGUAACAGAAGUACAACAAAAACGCUGGAAGGUGGAGACCAACUCCAGACUGGACUCUGUGCUUCUCUUGUCUUCUGUCAAUCUGCCUGGAGGAGAGCUGAGGAGAAGAUCAGCAGAGGAUGAGCUCACCAUGAGAGAAUACCUUCAGGAGGGGGAUCUUAUAAGUGCAGAGGUUCAGUCAGUCUUCGCCGAUGGAGCCCUUUCUCUUCACACUCGUAGUUUAAAGUAUGGGAAAUUGGGUCAGGGAGUGCUCGUACAACUGUCUCCUUCUCUGAUCAAAAGACAGAAAACACAUUUCCACAAUCUGCCCUGUGGGGCAUCCAUUAUUCUGGGGAACAAUGGUUUUGUUUGGUUGAAUCCCACACCAGAAAACCAGGAGGAAGACGCUGGAGGCUUUUACACCAGUUUGGAGCCUGUUAACCUUUCAGACAGAGAAGUUAUUUCACGGUUAAGAAACUGCCUACUGGCUUUGGCUGCACACAAGGUCCUCUUGUAUGACACCAGUGUUCUUUACUGUUAUGAGUCUUCACUUCAGCAUCAGGUGAAGGACAUCUUAAAACCAGAAGUGAUGGAGGAGAUUGUAAUGUUGACACAACAGAAGCUGCUGGAGCAGGAGGGUUAGGAAGGGGAAACUGAACCAGAAGAUCACACCAAGCAUCAUUUAGUUGAAGUAUACAGUACCUAAAGGAGCGCAGCAUUCUCGUAUCACUUGAUCUUUCCAAUUUUGGAACACUCAAUAUUUUUGUUAUCCAGGCAGAAUUGUUUAAUACAAUAAAUAUUUCACAAUUUUCAA